AUGUGGGCGAAUGAGCCCCGAUUUCUUCUCCGAGGCAAGCUGGGAAAUCUUGAAGUGACACUUCAGGUGAGGCUUGUCUCGAGCUGGUAAUAAUUUCAAAAGCAAGGGACAGAAGGAAAAAACACCACUGAUGAGCCAGAGGAGAACCAAUGGGCUAUGGGAAUGAAACUGUGACCGAGAGCUUCUGUACAUCUCACCCCAGGAAUCAUGAAUAAACUGCAGGACAACCAGGAGCAGAUGAUACCAUGAAGAGAAGUUUACAGGUCCUCUAUUGCCAACUGCUUAGUGUUCUACUGAUCUUGGCACUGACAGAAGAAUUAGUGUUUGCUGGUCAGGUACCGUCUCCCAGCUUGGCAUCAUCCAGGGGCUUCCUGACAGACAAUAUCAGUAUCUCAACUAUGGGGACAACUGCUGGACACAAAGGCCAUCACACAGCCAAACGUCUGUCCACAACAACUCUUCCAAAUUUUCAUUCCACCAAUGCAGCAGAGACUUCUGCUCCUUCGGUUCGCGAGAAGAAACCAACCAGCAGCCUUUCUGUUAGCAACAAAGGACCAUAUCACUCGUACAACCAGAGUACUUUGUUUUAUGGAAAGACUCGGCCCAAAGGGAAACUAUUCCAGAUUGUCCAAGGCAAUUCCACAGAGGUGACAGAGCCUUAUCUAAAGACAGAACUGCAGUCUCCUGCCACCACCAGGAACUGGUCUCCACACCAUCCACUUCAGCUCCGGCCUACAGCCUACAGCAGCCAGAGUAGCAGCAUUCUGCCGGUAAUCACAACAGACUCAGUUGCAUCUUUCCACAAUCAUACCUUGGAAGGCCUUAACAAAGCAGAGUCGGGGAGCUCAUCAGAACUGGUUAUGCAGGAAGCUGAUCUUAACACCUCAGAAAGUGGUCUGUCAACUGCUCCAGAAAUGGUGACAGUGCCUUUUAAACCCCCACAGUAUGGCAUAUGGGAUAUCCUAAAGAAAAAUCACUCUUGGGUAAACUCCAGCCAGAGUACAAACCAGGGACCUAUUUUUGUUGGUUCUGGGACUGCAACAGCAGCAGCAGCAGCAACUACAACAACAACAACAUUUAGUCAUCCUGAUCAAACUCAUGUGGAUGCCAAUGGUUCCACCUUGUAUACGACAAGAAGCCCUACUCAUGGGACGUCCAUUGUAUUGCAUCCCUCUGAGCAUAAUGCCAACUUGCCGAGCAAUGUGCUUUCCACAGAGCCCUUCACCUGGCUGCCAAGUUCCUCUUCGACAGCAACAGAAAAUUUCCUAAACAGACUGGUACCUGCUGGAACCCGGAAGCCUGGCCUGCCAGGGAACAUUUCUCAUGUCACAGAGGGUGACAAGCCCCAACACAGGGCAAGCAUCUGUCUCAGCAAAGUGGAUGUAGCGUGGAUCGUACUGGCCAUCAGCGUACCCAUAUCUUCAUGCUGGGGACUGGAGCAACCACGUGCCUGCAGGGCCGCCAUGCCACUGCUUGAUUUCUCUUUGGUGCACAAGACCAUUCUCAACAUGCUUGUGUCAACAGCUGUCCUGCUAACUGUCUGCUGCAUGCGGAGAAAGAAGAAAACAUCCAACCCAGAAAACAACCUGAGCUACUGGAACAAUGCUAUCACCAUGGACUACUUCAACAGACAUGCUGUGGAAUUACCAAGGGAGAUCCAGUCUCUUGAAACAUCAGAGGACCAUCUGUCUGAGCCUCGCUCCCCAGCCAAUGGUGAUUACAGAGACACCGGCAUGGUCCUUGUGAACCCCUUCUGUCAAGAAACCCUAUUUGUAGGACGUGAACAAGUGUCUGAAAUAUGAGCCCUUCCCUCCUGCUCUGGUACUUGCAG